AUGUCUCGCCACCAAGCCGUUUCGCAACUUCAUUUCUUUGCUUCGAUUCUUGAUACCCUAUUCAGCAAUCCUGACCACACGCUAUCAUCCUUCAUUCCUCCAGAGUUGAGAUUCUGCAUGCACGAGAAGAUCGCCAUCGACGCCUGGGACGGCACUUUGACAUAUCGUCAAACUCUACAGCUGCUAGACGACUCGCCAAAACAAAUCAUCCCUAUUCUAUUCGAGAAAUCGCGAUGGACUUCCGUAGCAGUGCUGGCGGUCAUGAAGGCUGGCGCGUGCUUCGCGCUACUUGACCCAGCACAACCAGAAGGCCGUCUGCGAGCAGUAGUGCAGCAAUCAACACUAGCGGCGCGUGUCGCCCCAUCAGCGACCAUCAUCCCCAUCUCCGCAUCAAAGUUCGACAAGACCACCCUCGCACCAUUUACCAGUGGAAGUACCGGUCUUCCGAAGGGAUGCAUCAUUACGCACAGUCAGUACACGUCUGGUGCGAUACCGCGCGCUGAGGCUGUGGGCUAUCGAUCGCAUUCUCGCGUGCUGGACUUUGCGAGUUAUGCCUUCGAUGUGUGCAUCGACUCGAUGCUCUGCACUCUUGCUCACGGUGCCACACUCUGCACGCCUUCUGAUGAGCGUCGCAUGAACGAUAUGAGUGGAGCCAUGCGCGACAUGCGCGUGACGUUCGCCGGCAUGACUCCCUCGGUCGCUCGCACACUGGACGUCGACAUCCUCGACCACUUGGAAUCCAUCGCGCUAGGUGGUGAGGGGGUAUCGACUAGCGAUGCGAUGUCGUGGGGUCAAAGAACCAGGGUCGUCAACGCCUAUGGACCAUCGGAAGCCACUGUUGGUGCAACCAUCAACGACAACCGCAAGGGAUGUGCCAUUUGGCUCACUGAGCCCGAAGACCACAACAAGCUCGUACCUGUGGGUGCAGUCGGCGAGCUGCUCAUCGAAGGCCCCAUCGAAGUGUUCAUCGAAGACCCUGAGUUCCUAGUCAAAGGUAGUAAGAGCUACCCGGGCCGACAUGGACGCAUCUACAAGACUGGUGAUCUACCCAUUUUCGUUGGACGACAGGAUCAGCAAGUCAAACUUCGAGGCCAGCGCAUCGAGCUAGCUGAGAUUGAGUUUAAUAUGCAGAAACAUCUCCCCGCAGACACUCAACUCGCUGUCGAAGUCAUCAAGCCUAGUGGCGGUGGUGAACAGACGCUCGUCGCUUUCCUUGUCGAGCAGAAGAAGAACGGCAUGCGACACCUAGAUGGAAACGUCUUUGGAAGCUUCACCACCAAGUUUCAAUCAGCUCUCAAAGACAUGACCAAACAGCUCGCCAUCGACCUUCCUGGCUACAUGGUACCAAGCGCUUACAUACCGCUCUGGAAGAUGCCAUUACUGGUAUCAUGCAAGACAGACCGAAAGCGGCUUCGUGAGAUCGGCACUUCAGUCACACGACAAGAUCUCAGGCGCUUCAACUCAGUGAUCUCUGAAAAGCAAGAGCCUACCACCGAGACGGAGCUCAAACUUCGUUCACUGUGGGCGAAGCUUCUCGGCGGAGAAGCGGACUUCAGUGCCAAUGACAACUUCUUUAGCAUGGGCGGAGACUCGCUCCGAGCGAUGAGGUUGGUGCCUCUUGCCAGAGAAGCUGGAUUGUUGCUACACGUUCCAGACAUCAUGCUGAAUCCCACUCUAUCGGCCAUGGCUGCCAAGGCAACACCCUUGUCGGAAGAAGCGACGAACGACGUACCUGCAUUCUCGCUGAUCGGCAAGGAUUGGGAGUCGAAGUCGGCACAAGCCGAAACUGCCAAGCUGUGUGGUGUUGAAGUUGACGAAGUCGAGGACGUUCUUCCUUGCACGCCGCUUCAAGAAGGCCUCAUGGCUCUCUCGGCCAAGUUCCAGGAUGCAUAUGUCGCUCAGCGAGUUGCGACUCUUCCAUCAGCGACUGCUCAGCGCUUGAAGAAAGCCUUCGAUACCGCCGUGCAAGGCUCGCCCAUUUUGCGUACAAGAAUCGUCAACGUCUCUGGCCGCGGCUUGUUCCAGGUCGUCCUCAAGGACGGCAAGCUACUGCGCGAGCAUGGUUCUGAUCCAGCAGAGUAUCUUCGACGCGACCGCGAAGAAGCUAUGGAUCUUGGCACUGCACUGUUCCGCUACGGUCUGGCUCAAGAAGCUGGUAGCGACAAGGCCCACUUCGUCAUAACGAUGCAUCACGCUGUUUACGAUGGAUGGUCGAUGCCUCUCGUAUUCGAUCGCAUCAACCGCACUUUCAAUGGCCUUACAACCGAGAGACCUGUGUCUUUCAAGCACUUCAUCAAGCAUCUCACUAGCCUUGAUCCAGCUGUAGCUCGAGACUACUGGAAAGAGCGAUUGAACGGCACCAACCCGCAUCAAUUCCCUCCUCUACCGCAGAAGGGAUACGUCACCCAGGCCGACUCGUUGCUUGAGCACUACGUUACCGUUCCAACAUCAGCGCACAACAAGCUCACUCUGGCAACUAUCAUCCGCGGAGCCUGGGCACUGACAUCUUCCUUAUACAUGGGCCAUUCCGAUGUCGUAUUCGGAGAGACGUUGACAGGUCGAUCCGCGCCCGUACACGCGAUUGUGGAAAUCGAAGGACCCAUGAUCACAACCGUUCCCAUCCGAGUCCGAUUGAAUCUUGACCGACCAAUCGCUGAGUAUCUACAAGCCGUUCACGCGCAGACCGUGCAGCAGAUUCCGCAUGAGCACUUGGGAUUGCAGAACAUCCGCCGAUUAAGUAAGGAUGCUCGUGUAGCAUGCGAUCUGCGCACAGGUCUUGUUUUGCAUCCCAGGGAGGACGACGACGGUGCUCCUGUCGAUAUGGAGACUGCCCCGGCUAAUACGUUCCUUCCCGCUGAUGACGCGGAAGCUGCACGUGAAGCACUCAAGUUCAACACAUAUGCACUCAUGCUCGUCUGCACAUUGGACGAGAACGGCUUCUUGGUCAUGGCCAGUUUCGAUUCGAAGUGCAUCAGCAAGGACGCGAUGGAGAGGGUACUUGUCGUGUUCAAUCGCAUCAUCACGGCGUUCUUGGGUAACCCCGAGAGCAAGCUGGGCGAUGUCGCUGUUCUUGAUCCCGCAGAAGCACGAGAUGCAGAGGCGAUGAGGCCACGAAAUGUCAUGAGCGACAGUGGUGUAGGCACGUCGCCGGUCGAUAGCCCAACGAGGGAUGCGAAAUCAGAGGCGUCGCCAAACGAGCAGAAGCUGUGCAGUAUCCUCAGUCGCAUCCUCGGUAUGUCAGAGGCGGAGAUCAAGCCCAGCGACAGCUUCUUCGAAUUGGGUGGUGACUCCAUUGGUGCUAUGCGCCUCGUGUCCGAUGCGCGCGCACAAGGCUUGAACCUGACGGUGGCUCAAGUCUUCCAGAGCCAGUCAUUAUCUGAGUUGGCAGCUUCAACCGGCAACGAGAAAGAAGAAAAGCUGCUGAACAUCCUGAGCCGUAUCCUUGGUAUGCCCAAGAGCGAGAUCAAUGGCAGCGACAGCUUCUUCGAGCUGGGAGGUGACUCCAUCGGAGCCAUGCGUCUUGUCUCCGAUGCACGUGCUCAGGGUCUCAACAUCACCGUGGCUCAAGUCUUCCAAAGCCAAUCUCUUUCCGAGCUUGCUUCGUCCGCCAAGGAAGCAGGUACAUCGCAGAAUAACCUCAACAUUGAUGCACCUUUCGCAGCGCUCGGCAAGGAAGCGUCGCUAUACAGUGCUGACCGCAUCGGUGCCUACCUUCAGGAUCAGACUUGGCAAAUUGCGGACAUAUACCCUGCAAGGCCACUCCAGCAGCUCGCUGUCGAGGGUACCGUCGAUCUACCACGCUACUCACUGCGUUACGAACUCAUCAAGUUCGCCACUCCAGUCGAUCGUCAGACACUGGAGCAAGCUUGCCAAGAGCUCGUGUCACGCAACGAAGUCCUGCGCACUGUCUUCGUGAAAGACGAGAGCAAAGUGCUUGGUGUAGUACUGUCAUCUCUACAGAUUCCGUACACCGAGAUCGCAGUGCCGGAGAGUGAGGACAUCAACACGGUUGCCCAAGAAUUCACAAAACAAGAUAUCCAAGCGCCUAAGCCGCAUGGCUCGUCAUUCGUUUCCUUCACCCUCUUCACAAGCGCAAACAACGGCGCUUCAACGCUCGUCUUCCGCAUCUCACACGCGCAAUACGACGAAAUUUGCCUCCCCAUCCUGUACGAGCAGCUCUCAGCGCUAUACGCAGGGACCAACGUACCAGAGACGAUACCAUUCAGCAAACACGUAAACCACGUGGUUCUAGACAACAUGCCAAAAGCCAUCCCCUACUGGCAGAAUCUCCUCUCCGGCUCCCAGAUGUCUGUCAUGAAGCCCGACGUUCCACUCACACACCGCGGCCCUGCAGAUGUAUACAUGGAGUUCGACAUCUCCGCUCGCCCAGCAAACAUCACUAUCGGGUCACUACCAACGGCUGCGUGGGCACUAGUUCUAUCCCAGCGACUUGGUCUCAAAGACGUUGUCUUUGGUGAGGUCGUUUCAGGAAGGAACAUCGGCGCGGCAAACGCUGAUCGCAUCUUUGGGCCUACCUGGCAGUACAUCCCCUUCCGUGUGCCAUUCAAGUCUAGCUGGACUUACCUCGACUUGUUGAACUUCGUGCAGCACCAACACAUUACCUCUGCCGCGUACGAAUCCAUGGGCUUCGCGGAGAUCGUAGAGAACUGCACCAACUGGGAUGCCAAGAAGGUUAACUGGUUCGAUACAGUUGUUCACCAGGCACCUGCUUGGGUCGAAGAAAUGCCUUUCGGCAAUGGCGUUGAGGCGAAGUUCGAAACGCUGUAUCCGCAUGGCGAGCCGUUGAGGGAGUGGAAGUGUCAGGCUUUUGUCAAGGAUGGAGGCAAGAAGUUGGGUAUUGAGAUUGUUACUUUUGAGGAGUGGAAGGAUGUCGCUAGAGGGGUGUUGAAGGAGGGUAGAGCGAGAGAGAAGAUCUUCGAUGGCGGGGAUGUAAUUGUUGAGGAGGGCAAGCAGAGCUUGGAAGAUUUCGAGGGUGUGAUGUAG